AUGUAUAAAAAGCAACUUAAUGAGGAGUAUGUAAGAGAGUUAAUGAGUAAAUUUGAAAAUAUUCUUCUUGCUAAUUCAAAACGCACCUAUUAUCCUCCUACAGGAAGACAAGAAUUUUGUUAUAAACUUUUGGAAAUAGACUAUACUCGUUAUGAUAAAAACUUUGAACUUUCUUUCCUAGAAACUAGGUCUAUUUUCAGGGAAAUACUAAAAAGCAAUAAGAAUAAUUUAGAAACUAGAGAUUCAUUUAUUCUUUACAUGAAAUGGAAAGACUGCCUAGAAACUAUUGUUGACAGUAAUAACUACUUAGAGUGCCUGGAUAAAUUAAGGAAUAAUGCAGAAACCUUUUGGUCAUUAAAUGAAUUAAGAAGAUUUUGCACCAAAGAGGUAUUUCUGAACUUUCUUUACAUUGAAGCAAUUAUAGACAUUAAGCAAAUAAAGUAUGAAACUCAAUACAUUGACAUCGAGGAAUUAAAUAAUUUUCGAAAUAUUGAUAAUUAUUGGUUCCAUAAUCAGCAUGAGGAUGCUUAUACUUCUUGUAGAGCAUUAUUUCUCUCCGUCGUAGUAAAACGCUUAAACAAAGAAAUAAUUGACCCAAAAAAUGAUGUGCCAGAAUACAUUAGAAAAAUAACAGAAAAAUAUAAAAUUGAUGGACUAACAGAAAAUUUGUUAUCAGCACUUCAAGCAAUCACUAAUAUAAGACAUAGGUUUGGCAAAAAAGAGCCACCAAGAAGCAAAGAAGAUGUGGUGUUUUUGAAAAAUUUAGAAAAUGCUCAGCAAAUUGACAAAAAAGUUUGCACACGAUUAGAAAUAGAUUUAUUAAAAGCUCUCCACAACUUAACCAUGGUUUUGGAAACAGAGAAGAAUAUUCUAGGUAAAUAA